AUGGGGUCGUCUGGUAUAGAGUUUUUCAAUUUAAAGGAGAAAGAGCAUGUUGUCUCGCCCUGUGUAAUCAUUCACGGGAAAUGCUCGCAGAAGAGCGCCAAUGCGCAGCAUAUUCAAGUCCAACACCCUCAGUUACCGACUUUGAACUUCCCGAUCAAUGCCAACAUCUUUAAGGCGACUGUACUGUUGUCCCCUGGGGAAAACAGACUUGUUUUUGUCACGGACACUGGUGCGUCUAAAAUAAUCACAUGUGUGUACACGCCAAUGCUACAGAAUAAGCCCGUCCAUCUGUGUCUCAUAGUCGCGAAGGACUCGCCACUAAAGUUUGAUUCGCCUGCCUCACAGAUCAGGAAAGAGGGCGGGAACGGGAUCGACCUGGCUAUCAGGAAGUUGAGAAUUGGGGCAAGGAUCAUGCAGGCCUUCACGAACGAACAGAUGCUGCGGAACGGGUUCGGGCAACGGACCUUCAAUUUCGUCGAAGAGUAUGCAUUGGAUACACAAUUCAAGACCAAAACAGAGAUGAGGAACACCGUGAAGAUCCAUGUUCUUAACUCGGACAGGUCCUUAAAAGAGAUUAGAGAUGCAAACGUGGCACAGCAGAACCCAAAGGGAAACAACACGGGCGCGCUUUUCUCUUGGGCCUUUGAGGCAUUGGAUAAGUACGGUGGGCCCUUUGCUCAAAAGGAGAGCCCAAUCCAAGCUGCAUGUAUUUAUUUGGAUACCCAUUGGGACGGAAACAUGAUUCUCGGGCAUGCGGCCCUCGGUGGUGGUAGCGACAACGUGAAACUGGCCAUUUUUGGCUCCCAUGGAUUGUACUCUUGGCCGACGUGCAUAGAAGAGAUCGUCCCCUAUUUCUUGGAUGACACCAAGUCUUCGACACAAGAGGUUGCCAAUGACUGCAAUGAAUGUGGGUCCCACUGGGAGUGUCUGACCGUCACUUUGGGUGCGUUCAUGCACGAGAUUGGCCACUCGUUUGGGUCGCCACAUCAGGUUGACGGGGUCAUGCUGAGAGACUACACAAGAUUGAACAGAUCGUUUUUGACUAAAGAAGCGUACUCAACAAGAACCAACUCUCACGGUGCACCUUCGCCAAUUUUCCCGAAGGAAGAAUGUGGUUGGAACCGCAUGGACUUACUAAGAUAUCUAUUCCACCCAUCGUUCGCCAAGGACACAGAUUACUACGACCAUGGCUUUUUCAGACCAAGCACCAACGGUAAUUUCAAGUUUAGUAGACCAACGUUCUACGCCUUAGGAAAUGAUAUGUGCCGUAUAUACAGUCAAACAGGGAUCUACUGUAUUGAAGUUGUUGCAGAGGAUUUAGCAAGGGGGUUCAUCGAAUACCUGCCAAAAAGCUUGGGUGGUACUGGACUGGAAAAGGAAGUUUACAUAUCGUUAGACGAACUGCGCGGGUUGAUGCCUCCAGACUGGCAAAAAAAACAUGGCAACGACUUCAAAUUGAGAGUACUAGCUGCCAAUGCACCUGAUCUGUGGAUUGAGAACUUGCCCGAAUCCAUCAGAAUUAAACCGAUCUCUAUGGCUCAGUACGGCUUUGGCUCGGAGGUAAACGGUAUGAAGUCGGAACUGCUUGGUAGCAGCAAUCGUGGUACAGAAACCGGAAUUGUGCCCGUUGACGUGAGAAAAGUUAUUGCCGUAAGGGUAUACCACGGUGCUGCACUCGAUGGUAUUCGGUUUUUCAUGCAAAAUGCCGGGAGUCCUUCUUCUUCGAAGGAACCACCUGUUCCGCCAAGAACAUACUUGGCAAAAAUGAAGGAAUCCAUAAAAACAUCCAAGCACAACUCCGAAACUUCUGAUUCAAGUGUUUUGUUCGGUGUCCAAACCCCUGAUUACACGGAUAUUGUAUUGGAACCUAAUGAAAUUAUUGCUGGUUUCAAUGUCCGUUAUGGUGCCUGGGUAGAUGCUAUCCAAAUCAUUACCAGUCAUGGGAGGAUGACUGAUGUAUUGGGUAAAACCGGUGGGGGUGGCCCUAGUGAAUUGAAACCGCCAAGUGGUCAAGUAAUUCUGGGUCUUUUUGGAACAGUUGGGAGAUGGGUAGACUCUAUUGGUAUCGUAUAUGGUACCUUGUAG